AUGCCGCGUCUAACGUCGCGAUCGACACUGCAUCUCCUGCCUGAGGAUGUACCGGCAGGCGCCUUCCCUCUACCAUUCUAUGCCCGAGUCGUCGGUAUAGAGGGGGACGAGGUCAAGUUCCGAAGCUUUGACGGGGAAGAAGGAGCGCUUUCGCGGUCCACUUCCCAUGGUCAAGUCGUUGGUGUUGAGGAUGGCGAGGUGACAGUCGAGUCCGACGGUACCCAAAUCGUUGCUCACGUCGACGCGAUCAAGGUGGUGGCGCCUGUGGUGGCUCUACUUCUGCAGCAUGUCGCGCUCGACACGAGCGAGUGGAGUUCUGCGGACGUCGACAACAUGCAGACGGCCAUACUAUCGAGGGUAUUGGGAGAAGGGAAUAACGAGGGAAGCCGGUCUAUCAGCUGUAUACUUAGUGGACUGAUCGACGAACAGAAUCAUCCCGAGCCGUCUGCAAUCUGCAAGUGGGUGGAUCCUCAGUCGGGAUCAGAGACACAAUUUCCUCUCCAACACGGUGGCGCGCCGGCGGCACUUGGCGAAUCGUUUUGCCGCGCACACGACGAAUAUGUGGUGUCCACCGGUACACAAGAGGUACAAUGCCAAUCUGGCAAUACCGGGUCAUGUGAACUUUUCGACCCCUUCAACGAUGAUGACGACGGUUUUCCAGAUGCAUCGGACCCGAUCGCCAGACCGGUUCCAGCCACUGUGCAAGCAGCAGGAUCACAACGCAGCCAAUCCCUCCAUGGUACCAGUGAGGAAGUUGCUGAGCCUCCACACCAAAGACGCCGUACCACAGAGGCCACUGAUUCUCUCCACAAGGAUGCCCUGAUUGUAGCGAGGCUAAGUCACGACCCCGAACUACUCGACCGUUUCCUGAACCUCCGUGAGCAGUCCAGGACUCAAGCGUCCAAUGAUGAAGAAAAACAACCGCUACCACCAUUGGCGUCGCCGUGCAAGGCUAAGAGCACGACCAAGAAGUCCAAGUAUGCGUUUUCGCCACAGCGAGAGCGCCAGGAAGUUCACGACAAGCUAACAUCGGAGCGCCACAGAGGUAACUACCCUGAUACUUAUGUGCAUAGUCGGAUCCGAUCCGGUGCCCUGCUUUGCAAGUCUCUCCCCGGCGUGUUGACUCGCGCGUACGACUACCGGUUUGGCAUUGAAGGUCUCUCGAUAAUGCACUUCAGCUUUAUGGACAGAAAGAAACGUAUGGAGUGGAUUGACUCGGGCGGUGCCAAUUUCUCGAACAUUUCGGCGACAGCGGACUUCGAACCAGCUCCAGCAGCCACCAGCAUCAACGACGUUGUUGGUGCGGUGCGUGUUUUCCAGGUGUUCGCGCGCGAAUACUGCGUCACUAGCGCGAUUAAGCUGGUGGAUGCCAUCAUUGGAUUUAUUGAGGCCAAGAUUAUGGCUCUGCGCUUGGUCCAUCUUGCUCAAGUCGGUAGCCUCAUGACUCCUCAGGAAUCGCCUAGGUUCCGAACCUUGGAAGGUGACCUUGGACUCGUCGAUCGCUGA